UUAGUUGUUUAAGGGGUAAGGUAAAACAAUUUCGUUUUCCCUCGAGGAAGAGAAGAAAUCCCGCUUCCAGAGAGCUGCUCUGAUUCGUCCACGUGCUGUGCCAUUCUUGAGGUCUGAGGUUAGAAUAUCACAAGUUCGUAUUGGUUUUGAAGAGCCGAAACAGCUAAAAGAAGCAAAGCCACUGAAAACUAGGAGCGGCUCUUCUGUAAGCACAGCCGUAUCUGAUUCACUGGUGUGGUGCGGAAGGUAGAGAAGCUGUCUCACCAGAAUGGAUUCGUCAAACGACGUCGCUUUGGUUUCCUCUGAGAUGGAGAAGUUCCUGUGCGAGUUGUUGCUGGAUUCAUCCCAGCCAAUUUCUGAGCGCUUCAGGGCAUUAUUCUCUCUCCGCAACCUCAAAGGCCCCGCCCCUCGCGAUGCCCUUAUUCUCGCCACAAGGGAUACAUCGAAUUUGUUGGCGCACGAAGCUGCAUUUGCGUUGGGGCAAAUGCAGGAAUUGGAAGCCAUUCCUGCUUUGGCUUCAGUUCUCAAUGAUCUUUCUUUGCAUCCCAUUGUUCGCCAUGAGGCAGCUGAGGCAUUGGGUGCUAUUGGUUCAGAAGGUAACGUUCCUCUCCUGAAGAAUAGUUUGGAUUCGGAUCCGGCCGAGGAAGUUCGAGAAACAUGUGAGUUGGCUCUUCAACGAAUUCAGCAUUUGAAAGAUGCUGGCAAUACUGAUGAAUUGGCUGCAACUGAAAUAUCGCCUUUCAAGUCUGUUGAUCCAGCCGUGCCAGCGACCUCUUGUACUUCUGUUCAACAACUUAGGGAAGUACUUCUUGAUGAAGAUAAAGGGAUGCAUGAACGCUAUGCAGCUCUUUUUGCACUUCGCAAUGAUGGUGGAAAUGAAGCUGUUGCUGCUAUUAUUGAUUCCUUGAGAUCGAAAAGUGCUCUACUGCGCCAUGAGGUUGCAUAUGUUUUGGGUCAAUUGCAAGACAAAGUUGCUUCUGCUGCUCUAUCCAAUAUACUUAAAGAUGUGAAGGAGCACCCAAUGGUUAGACACGAGGCUGCUGAAGCUCUUGGUUCAAUCGCAGAUGAUCGAAGUGUUGCUCUUCUUGAGGAAUUUACGGCAGAUCCAGAGCCUCUUGUCUCACAAAGUUGCGAAGUUGCUCUAAGCAUGCUAGAAUUUGAACGAUCAGGGAAAUCAUUCGAGUUCCUGUUCAUGCCAACUCCAACUGUGCAUUAAAUGUUUUCUCGGGGUAAUGCCAAGACAUAUAUAGAAGGAGCGGAUGGAUGAGAAUAGACGAAGAGACGCAGACAAAAACAGUUACAUACAAAGAUAUUUUAGAAUUUCUUACUUACAAUUGUUGAGAUUAGAAACCUUAGUUUUACAUAAACACGAGUUUAGCUAUGUUUCUGUUAAUUUAUGAAAAAAAAUAUAUUUUAUUGAAGUGGAAGCUUUAACGGUUGUUCUAAA